AUGGGUCUCUCCUAUGUCACUCCGGUAGUUGUUAAUGGUGAAAAUGUAGCUAAGCUUGAUAAGAAGGAGGUUGAUAGAGCUACUGAAGAGUGGCAGAAUGCGCUAAUAGUAUAUGUUAUUGGACAAAACCCUAGUCUAAUGGCUAUAACUAAUUACUGUAAAUCUCAAUGGGCACCAAAAGUUGAACCUAAAAUAUUCAAGCAUGAUGAGGGGUACUUUGUGGUGAAAAUGGAUACAGCUAAGGAUAGAGAUGCAGUACUAUAUUCAGGGCCUCAUUUAUUUUUUGGCAAGGCUAUGAUUGUGAAACAGUGGACAUCUAGCUUUAGUUUUAACCAGGAGAUUUUAAAAGUUGUUCCAAUAUGGGUUACCUUUCCUAAUCUUCCACUGAACUGCUGGUCUACUGAUUCAUUGAGUAGGAUUGGAAGCACUAUUGGUGUGCCAAUAUAUGCAGAUGAAUGUACCACGAAACAAUUAAGGAUUUCAUUUGCAAGAAUCUUGAUUGAAAUGGAUGUAACAGGGACGAUCCAAGAGGAAAUAAAUGUGGAAGAUCCUAAUAGGAGGGUAUUCAAACAAAAGGUUGGGUAUGCUUGGCUACCACCAUUUUGUGCUAAGUGUCAGAAGAUAGGCCAUGUUUGUGAGGAGAAAAAGAAGCCUACAAAAGGAAGAAUCAUUCAAAAAUGGGUGCCAGUUGGACAAGCUAAGGAUAUUUCUUCAUCCAAUCCAAGACAGGAAUUGGAUGAGGAAGGGGCCUGGAAGCUGGUAACAAGGAAAACAAAGGAUAAAGAGAAGCAAGGGACCUUUCAAACAGCUAAAACAGCAGUGAUGUAUGAACUGCAAUCUGGAGGAGGAAGCUCAGCUGCUGGUGCUGGGGGUGCUAAGGGACCAAACCCUUAUUUGUCAUAA